GGGUAUCAAUCCCACCUAAGAGUGCAGAUCAUCUCCACCCACAACAUCAACCUCUCAUCCUGCUCCUGUGACAGAGAGACGCCAACAUGAUCUUGCUGCUCUUCCUGUUUGGUCUGACUCUGGGUGCUGAGUCUCCUUCAGAUAAACAUGAAGUGAAGCUACAGCGUGGAAACUGUCCCUUGUUCUGGUUCAGCUUCAACAGCCGCUGCUACAAGUACCUUUCCACUCAUAUGUCCUGGGCUGAUGCAGAGCUCCACUGUGUGUCAGAGGGAGCCAACCUGGUGUCUAUCCACAGUCUGGAAGAAGAGGAUUUUGUCAAAUCCCUGAUCAUGAACUUUGACCCUGCUCAGGGACCCACCUGGAUUGGACUCAGUGACACACAGAAGGAAGGAAGAUGGAUGUGGUCUGAUGGGUCUGCAGUCAACUUUGAAUUGUGGGGCGCAGGGCAGCCAGAUGAUUAUAGAGGAAUGGAAGACUGUGUACACGAUAGCUAUGGCAGUGAUCUGAAAUGGAAUGAUGACCCAUGUUCUAGCCCUACACCUUUUGUUUGUGCAUCACGCAUAGGCUGUCUCCAGCAACUGAGAUGAGUCAUGUCCAAUUCAACAUGUUGACUUUGCACCUGUUUUCCUGUUGAAAUGCAAUGGACCAACAAAAUAAAUGUGCAAAUGUUCAAGUUUA